AUGGAAACUUCAACAUUUGUUAAGCAGCUUUCCUCUAAUAAUAGGAGAGUUAGAGAAACUUCUUUGGAAGCUUUGCAAAAAUUCUUACGAGCACCACAACUUAAAAAUUCGAAACAGUUAGAAUUCGAUAAAUUAUGGAAGGGUCUUUAUUACGCUAUGUGGUUCAGCGAUCGUCCAAGACCACAACAACGUCUAGCUAAUAAACUGGGUGAGUUAUAUGGCGUAUAUUUCGAUGCAAACGACAACAAAAAUACAGCGGAAGAAAUAACCAUGAAUGAUAAAGCUUUUUUCAAGUUCAGUAAAGCCUUUUGGAAGGUAUUAUGCUUGGAAUGGUUUAAUAUUGAUCGUUACAGAUUAGAUAAAUAUCUAUUAUUAGUCAGAAGAGUAUUUUUCAAUCAAUUAAAAUAUUUACAAUCUAGGAAUUGGAGUAAGCCUGUGGUUGCUGGUUAUAUUGAAAAAGUAUUGAAGUCAUUACCAUUAAGCGGUGAUUCCAAAGUUUAUAGCGGGAUCCCAAUACAUAUUAUCGACAUUAUUCUCGAUGAGUGGGAAAGAUUAUUGACCAACCGCAAUGAUGAAUUUGAUAAUGAAGAUGAAGAGGAAUUAACUGAAGAAGAAAAAGCAUCGUUAGUGAAAGAUACCCCACUUGCUUUAUUCAUUGAAAUUUUUACUGAAUUACAAAACGACGUGAAUAAGAGCAAAGUGCUAAGAAACAAGAUCAAGGAGGAUCUUCUACACGAUGAAAGGUUGGUUAAAUGGGAGAUUCUUUCAAUAACCGAUGAAGGAGAAGAAGAAAGUGAAGCAGAAGAGGAUGAAGAAGAAGAAGAAGAAUGGAAGGGCUUCUAG